GUCUCUCUACCGGAGGACCAUCCGAACUGCAACUGCAAUAGUACGCUUUUAUUCCCCUCCCCUCACCGCCCCGCCUACCGCUCCCUCCGAAACGUCGUCAGCCAGCUGUCAGUCAAUGCAACCAGAACUGUUUUACAAAUUUCGAAAAAAGAAUGACAGUGCACAACUUUUACAUGUUUGAUCGUUAUGGUCAGCUAUUAUUUUAUGCAGAGUGGAAUCGUCUGCGACAGUCUGGAAUCACACGAGAGGAGGAAGCAAAGUUAAUGUAUGGUAUGCUUUUCUCAAUCAAGUCCUUCGUGUCAAGAAUAUCACCUCUUGACAGCUCACCUGGUUUGCGAGAGGGUUUUCACUGCUAUAGAACGUCCAAAUAUGCCCUGCAUUAUCUGGAGACACCAACAGGGCUCAAAUUGGUUCUUAAUACAGACACUGCAGCUGUCAAUGUCCAUGAACUUCUUCAACAAAUUUAUAGCCAAGUCUAUGUUGAAUAUGUAGUCAAAAAUCCCCUUUGUAAUCUUAGUGAGCCAAUCAAAAGUGAUCUGUUUGAGGCUCAACUGGAUUUGUGUGUGAAGCAGUCCCAUGUUUUUACAUCUAAACCUACUUAAAAUGCUAGAGCUACUUCUUGCUGUUGAUAAUAUACAUGUGAUAAAAAUGGCUUGGUAAAAGUAGCAAGGGUAAAGUUAAUGAGACUGGGUUGUUAUGAAUUUUGUUAAGCAAACAUUGUGCACUUACAUUAAUAAUUUUACAUCUAAAUAAUAUCACCUUUAAGAAAUUUUUUGAACAUUUUUGGUAGAAGUGGCAAUUGUUUGGAGUAUUAUUAUAAAUGUAUAUUCAUUCAUAAAGUAAAAA